AUGACCAACGCGACGUAUAUCUCCGCGAUCGCAGUAAAAAGUCCAUCAGACGAUUCGGAAGUGAUGCGGCGCGCGGGCAGCGGCCCCGCCAGCCCCGCGCCGCCCGCGCCCCCCGCCGCCUCCACUGCGCCCAGGACGUCCGAAAACAAGGAGCUGCUACGGCAGCAGUUGCUAUCGACGAGCAAGGAGCGCGCCGAUAGGCAGGAGCAAGCAAAGCCGAAGCACGCGCGCAACCGCCAGAAGAACCGAUGGAAGCUCAAGUUCCAUCACCAGGCGCUGCCGCAAGAGUACCUCGACCACUACGAGCAGAGCCUGCAGAAAGCCAACGCUAAGCAGAAGAAAACGGCCGACAAGCCCAAACCGGAACCCAACGCGGACAUCAACAACUUCACCAACGAAACGUUCAAGAUUUGGGCGCAGCGGCUUGCCGGCAUACAGAAUGAGACCGGAACGUUGACCGUUCCCCAAGUGACCUCUGUAUUGAACAUGGCGGCUAAGCCCAGAGCGGAGGAGAAGAAAAAGAGAAAUCCGGCAAUCGCUCCCAGCAAGAUCGUGACCUACGAAGACCUGCCCUACAUGGGCGAGAUGACGCUAAACAACUCCAAGCCCCGCCGCGGCAGGAAGCCGAAGAAGGCGGACAUCUGCCACCUCAUAUACGAGAACUACGGGACAGUGGUGCCGGGGCAGCCGCCGCCCCAAGAGCGGCCCGGCCAGCCGAGCAUGUGCCCGCCCUUCCGCGGCGCGGACGCGGCCGCCGGCACGCCCAAGACGGACCUGCAGAACAAAAUAAUCUCGAGUCUGUUGGAGCGGAAGCUAUCGCAGGAGAACAGGAGGCGGCUGGAGGGCCAGUCGCCGCCGAGGUUCCGCAGCCCCGACGAGCCCAUGCCCGCGGCGCCCGCCACCGCCGCCGGGCCGCUGCACAGCGACGACGAGCCGCUCAACCUGUGCAUCCGAGACCUGCUCGACCUCAAGAUACAGAUACAGAAGAAGUUCGGCAACAUCUACUCGUCGCCGCCCGAGGUCAAGUCCGAAGCGGACAGCUCCGGCCGCGAGAGCCCCGGAAGCGAGCAGCCCAACGCCAUAUCCGUGAUCCAGAGGAACACGAACGUGGCGCCGGCCACGGCGAGCAGCUCGCCGGAGCUGUCCAGCCGCGCGAGGACUGUCUCGCCCGCGCUGUCCGAGCCCGCGCGGUCCAGCGCCGGCCCCGACGGCUACGUGUUCUGGCCCCACCCGCUGGCCCUGCAGGCGCAGCUGCUCUGCUGCCAGAGGCUGGCCGAGCCCACAGAGCCCCACUCGCCCGACGGCAGGAAACUCGUUCUCAAGCAGAUUUCCGAGCUGCUGGACCCCAAAGUCAUCAAGCGAGUAGAGGAGGCGAAGAGCCCGGACGGCGCGAACAUGAAGAGAGCCUCGCCCAAUCCCGCGCAGGGGCCGCUGAAGAGAAAGAGAUCGGCGAUUUUUAUCCCCCCCGUGCCCGCAAAGAGCAGCUCGUCGACCCCGACCACGGAAGUCAGCAUUUGCAAAUUCAAAUUCACCGGUGGUUCCAAGCCGUCGCUCCAGGAGAAGAAGAUGUUAUCCGUCGACUCCGGUGGCAACUUCAGAUAUUACAGCGGCACCGGCAGCAAAGGCAACAAAAGCUACGAAAGCGCGCCGAAGGAUAGCAAUGUAAGGAGUGAAAUGCCCACAGAAACUUGCACCGCUAUGAAGCCGGACGAGCGGAGCUCUCCCUCGGCAAGUAAAGACGACCUGAACAAGAAGAAAAGGAAGUCUCGAAAGACGUUACAGCGGGAGAAGUUGGAGCAGACGUUCAAGGAGAAAGGGUUUCUAAUACAGACCCAGCAGCUUCAGUCGGCGGAGGGGGCCACCUAUUGCAAGUUCAGGCAACUUAGGAAAUUCACGCGAUACCUGUUCAGGAGCUGGAAGGAUUACCUUCCCGGAGAGCUGGACGAGAGGCCGAGCGAAGACAACGCAGGGGAGCAACAAGCUAAGCCGGGUGGUGCCACCGAAUGGGGC